GUUUUCGCAAGCUGAGGAGAGAAUACGAAUCUCCGGCGACAUCUCAGCUCUCAAAGGGAUGCUACGAUUGUUGUUGGCUGCAACUCUUACGUGAGUGUAUUAUUUGUAGUUGGUGACAAAAAAUGGGAGGUUGCUGGUCUUCUUCUCCUUCUUCAAGGCAUCCGCAUCUUGCUGGAGCACCUCUUUACUAUUAUUGUCCAGAAUCUUUUGAAGAACGUGGGCCUUCAAGAGCUCGUGCUGGUGUGGGAUCAGCAGCAACAUUCACCACCACGGGUCUUUUGGCUGAUAUUAUUGGUUUGGAGACAUCAUCUAUACCGAAUACCUUUUAUGCUCCUGCUCCUCUUCCAUUUGAUCUGCUUUUUGGGAGACCAGUUUCCGAUUCUAUCAAAGGAAAGAUUAAUGAAAGCAGUUUUGAAACAUGUGAAGACAAAGACUGUAAAACUCAACCCAUCUCAAUGAUUCUCUCCCUGAGUGAAUCAGAUCUCUCCAAACACAAAACAUUCAAGAACCAAUUGGUAGACGAAGAGGAGGAAGACUCUUGCCCCAUUUGCUUUGAAGAUUAUGAAGCUGAGAACCCCAAAAUAAAGACAAAUUGUGAGCAUGAUUUUCAUCUCUCUUGUAUUCUUGAGUGGAUGGAAAGAAGCGAUGGUUGUCCUAUAUGUGAUAAGGAGGUUGUGCUUGAUGAUUGCUUGAACUAGCAUCAAUGUCCUCUGGUUUGGAAAUUUUAAGCGGUUACAUACUUUGCUUACAUCUCUACGUUAGCGUCUGUUUUGUCAAUUGGGUUAUGUUCCUGACUUGGUGCAGUCAUAUAGAAAAUAUAUAUACAUAACAAGUGUAAAUAUAUAUCAUCAGCGUCUUGCUCCUGUGUGAUCUUUGGUGGUGAGGAGGGGGUGAUAUAAAAGGAAAGAGCAUUUCAGUCUGUGAUUGUUUUGCAACAAAAUCAAGUUGUCAUCAUGUUUGCAGUCUUGAUCCAUGAU